AUGUACAAGCUUGCAACCAUCCUCCUCCUCGCCCCCGCCGCUCUGGCCGGCCUGGUCUCUCCUCUCCAGGAGCGUCAAGCCUCCUGCGAGUCUCCUCGCACUCUCUGUGGCGAUACUUGCAUCGGUCCCCUCGACAUCUGCUGCCCUGCCGCACCCAACGGUCAGGUCAUCGCCUGCGGUAGCACCGACAACUGCUGGAUCAACCCGGACAACUCCCCCGGCUGCUGUCCUCUGUUCACGACCUGCGCUGGUCAGAAGGCUGGCUCCGGCGUGUUCCCAACUCUUCCCAGCAACACUGUUACCACCGCUUCUUCCACUCCGACUCCUGUCGCCCCGGAACCUACUAUCAGCAUCCCUCCUCCUCAGCAGACCGCCACUGCCAGCAGCUCCUCCAUUGUCACCAUCUCCACCGUGAAGAGCGUCACUGUUCCCUGCUCCGCUCGCCCUAGCAGCACCAAGCCCGGCAAGACCUCGACUCCUUACGUUUCGUCUUCGACUGCCGUUCCUACUGGCUCUGGCUCCGGCUCCGGUCAUGGCUCUGGCUCUGGCUCUGGCUCGGCCUCUCCUUCGGCUUCCCCUCUGUUCAACGGUGCUUCUUCUAGCAGCAUCUCCGUUGGCGGAAUCCUGGGCGCCAUGGUUCUGGGCCUCUUCUUGUAA